AUGUCGCACAUGAGGCGGCGGUCGUCGCACAUGGGCCCGAGCCCGGACGAGCCUCGCGCUUCCCCCAUCGUCGGUCGGACACCUCGACUCGGCACCGGCGUUGGCAGCACGACGGGCACGAGCACGCGGGUACCGCCCUCGCCCUCGCUCGGGUUCGGCGGUGCGGGCACCCUCCGCAGCGCACAGCGCGACCCGAACCAGGCGCCGACGGCGCAAGAGGUCGUCGGCCGCAUCGCCUCGGUCCUCCUGCGCGUCCUCCGCACGCCCCGGGCCUUGACGGCGCUCGUGUGGCUCACCCUCAUGUGGGUCGCGAGUAGCUACGUGCGCGAGAACGCCCACCACCUGUCGCAGCGGCCCGUCCACCCUCGCCUCCUCCCGCUCAUCCGACACUCGGGCACCGCCCUCGAGUACCUCUCGCCCGACCUCGGCGGCCGCGUCAAGUCGUGGCACGACGACCAGGUCAAGAACGACCCGAACCGCCCGCUCACUGCCGCCGAGCUCGAGGCCGCGUCGCGCCACACGUUCCACCCGAACGGCCUCCUCCUCGUCAACCCGAAAGGGCGGCACCCGAUCCACCUCUUGAUCGAGGACGCCGAGCGCAAGUGGAAGGACAAGGUCGCGCGCCAGAGCAAGACGCUCGGCGAGGCCGUUCGCGAGUACAAGCGCCGGCACCGCCGCAACCCGCCAAAGGGCUUUGACGACUGGUGGGCUUUCUGCGAGGAGCACAACAUCCAGCUGCGCGACGAGUACGACCAGAUCAACCACGACCUCGCACCUCAUUGGGCCCUCGAGGCGCACGACUCGCGGCACCGCAACAAGGUCAUGCAGGAGCGCGACCACACGUUCACGGUCGCGAUGCACCCGGGCGAGACCAUGCCGACGCUGCACGGCCCGUACUGGGACCUCAAGCGCGCGACCGACAUUGCCGACAUGCUGUCGCUGUACACGGGCCGCAUGCCUCGCCCGCUCAACAUCACCUACAUCAUCGACGACAACCCGGCCGUCAUGCUGCCGUACUCGCAGCGCGAGCGCAUGGUCGAGCUUGGCGAGCAGGGCGAGUACUACGGCCCGUCCGAGUUCAUCGAGGGCGAGGACCCGACCCUGUCCAACUUUGCGCAAGCCUGUGCGCCCAACUCGCCCUUGCGGCGCGCCGAGCGCGGCGAGUACACGCCCGACUACUCGGGCGACAGCGUGCGCUCGUUCGUGUGGAACCACGCCAAGACGACCGACCUGUGCCUGCACCCCGAGGCGCGCAAGCUGCACGGCCACACGAUGCAGCAGGGCGUCCCGCUCGGCCCGAUCGUGCCCCUGUUUGCGUUCGCAAAGACCAAGCUCCACUCGGACAUUCUCACGACCCCGAUCGAGCAGUGGGAGGCGCACUAUGUCGGCUACGAGCCACCUUGGUCGGGCAAGAGCAUGAACAAGCUCCUCUGGCGAGGGUCGACGACCGGCGUCGAGUUCAACCGCCACACGCCGUGGCGCAAGUCGCAGCGCGCGCGCAUCCACAUCAUGUCGCACGAGACCGAGGGCGAGCGGCACGUCAUCUGGUCGCAGCGCGGCCAGCUGCGCGACGCCAACGUGUCGACGGCCGUCCUCAACGACCUGUACAUGGACACGAGCUUUGCGGGCGCGCUCCAGCAGUGCGACGCCGAGACGUGCGAGAUCCUCGAGAAGCAGUUCGACAUCAAGCCGACCAUCGGGCUCGACGAGUCCAACACGUACAAGUACAUGUUCGACGUCGACGGCAACGGCUGGUCGGGCCGGUUCCACCGCCUCAUGUCGAUGCGCUCGGCCGUGCUCAAGUCGACCGUCUUUCCCGAGUGGUACCAGGACCGCGUCCAAGAAUGGGUACACUACAUCCCGGUCAAGGUCGACUACAGCGACGUGUACGACAUCAUGGCGUUCUUUGUCGGCAUGCCCGACGGCUCGGGCGGGCACGACUCGCUCGGGGAAAAGAUUGGCCAGGCGGGCAAGGACUGGGCGAGGGACUUUUGGCGGUACGAGGACAUGGCCGCCUACAUGUACCGCCUCAGCCUCGAGUACUCGCGCAUCUUGCACCACGACGAGGGCGACGUCGACUAUGUCGAGAUGCCCGACUUUAACUUUGACUAGCGGCUCGAGGGCGUGCUCUUCAACCCCGUUCCCUCUCUCUCUCUCUCUCUCACGCGCGCGAGGAGGAGGGGCAGGAGCGGGCGCCUCGAUGGAUGUCUCUCUGUCUCUCUCUCCUCCCUUCUCCGCCUCGACCUCCCUCUCGCCCUCUCUCUCUCUCACAUGCUCAGCCACCCCUCUCUCAUCCGUUCGCAUCCACAUUCAUGAGUCCGUUCCCUUGCAUUGCGUACCGUCGUCUUUCCCUUGU